AUGGUUUAUAGUAAAAAGCUUAGUGGAGCAGAAAACCGAAAACGCUCACAUGCAAAAAGUGAAGCUCAAGCCAAAAUUAUUUCAAAAACUGCUAAAUUACAAACAUAUUUUAGGUGCCCAGAUAGACAGCCUAACCAAAUUGAAAAUGAAGUAAAUAAUACAAGUAAAAUUGAUCAUAGCUGUACUGUUAAGGAAGAUAAUCUAUCUAAUCCAGACGAUCUAAUUUUAUCAAAUAACAGCAGUACCGAAACUAGUAAAACUAAAUUGUCUACAGAAUCUAAAGAAAUAAAUAAUACACCAACACCAUGUUUGUCCAUGCACGAAGAUAAUAGUCUUCUUAAAAAAUGUAUCAUUCCUGAAAAUGACCCUGCCAAUUGGAUGAAAAAUCAAGAAACGAUAGAUUAUUUAUCAAUAAAUGGAUUCAAUCAAAAUUUGGAGUACAAUAAUUUCCAUAAAUCAAAAAGAACUUAUAAUCGAAUAAUUGGUGGUGUUAGACAUACUCGUUUUCGAUAUUUGUCAAAAAGUUUUUUUGUAUCUACUCUUGUUAAUGGUGAAAAAAUUAAAAGAACAUUUUUGGUUUACUCAGAGAGUAAAGGAUCAAUAUUUUGUGCACCCUGCUACUUAUUUGGUGGUACUACAUCGUUUGCCACAGUUGGCUUUUCAGAUUGGAAAAAAGGAGAAGAAAAAAUUAAGCGUCAUGAAAAUUCAAAAAACCACAAAUUGUGUGUAAUUAAAAUGAAAGAGAGAGGAGAAGUAUUAAAUCGAAUUGAUCAAAAGCUGAAGUAUCAAGUAGAAACGGAAAUAAGUUAUUGGAAAAAUGUAUUGACUAGAGUUGUAGCUGUUGUUAAAUCACUUUCUUCUCGUGGACUGUCCUUUAGAGGUGAUGAUGACCAUUUUGGAUCUGUUCAUAAUGGGAACUUCAUGAUGAGCUUAGAGCUUAUUGCUCAAUUCGAUCCUUUUUUAGCACAGCAUAUUGAAAAGUUUGGCAAUAAAGGAAAAGGUUCAACAUCAUACCUAUCUUUUAAUAUAUAUGAGCAGUUCAUAAGUAUAAUGGCAGAUAAAGUUUUACAACAAAUGGUAAAAGAAAUAAAGGCAGCUAAAUAUUUUUCCAUCAGUAUUGAUUCUACUCCUGACAUUAGCCAUGUAGAUCAACUAUCAUUUAUUUUUCGGUAUGUUCAAAAUAAUGGCAGUCCGGUAGAAAGGUUUUUAGGGUUUUUACCCAAUUCUGGUCAUAAAUCUGAAGAAUUAGCAGAUGCUGUAUUUUUAGUUUUAGAAUCGCAUGGAUUAGAUAUAAACAACUGCCGUGGUCAAAGUUACGACAAUGCAUCUAACAUGUCUGGUAUGUAUACAGGACUUCAAGCUCGCAUCAAAGAAGUUAAUCCUUUAGCUACAUUUGUAUCAUGCUCGGCACACAGUUUAAAUCUUGUUGGUGAAUGCGCUGUAGACUGUUGUAGAAAUGCUUCUGAAUUUUUUAAUCUGCUUCAAAAUAUCUAUAAAUUUUUCAGUUCUUCUACACAUAGAUGGGAAAUACUUCAGAACAAUUUAACUAAAACAGAAAAUGUAUCACCUAAAAAACUAUCAGAUACCAGGUGGUCAGCAACAUCUGAUGCAAGUAUUAGUUUAAACAAAAAUUGGAAUGAAAUAAUUAAUGCACUGUCUUUUAUAAAAAAUGAUAAAUCAGAAAAAUCAAUCACAAAAUCAGAAGCUAAUGGACUAUAUUUAAAAUUAGACUGUCUUGAAACAGCUAUUAUGGCCACAUUAUGGGGUGAUAUACUAGAAAGAUUCAACAAAACUAGUAAACAGUUGCAGUCAGUUGAGAUUGAUUUAGAAACAGUGGUAUGUUUAUACGAAUCGUUAAUUCAAUAUGUAUUAGAUUUAAGGAGUAUGUUUGAUAUCUAUGAAGAGAGAGCAAUUAAUAAAUCCGGACACAAAACAUAUCAAAAAAUACGCAAAAGAAAAAGAAAAUUAACUGCAGAUGAAAAAAGAGAAGGAGAAAUAAAUUUUGAAAUUCGAGACUCUUUAAGGAUUAAUACUUAUUACGCUAUUAUUGACAAUCUACAUUCUGAACUAGAAAAAAGAAAGUUCUACUAUGAUGAAGCCAAUAAAAAAUUUAACUUUCUAUUUCAAAUAAUAAAAUUAUCACCAUCAGAAGUUUAUAAAAAAGCAGAAAUACUUCAAAAUAUAUAUACAAAUGAUCUUUCGUCUUCAUUUGCUAACGAGUGUAUACAAUUUAGAAGCUAUUUAAUGAGCUUAACUGAAAACAUAAGACCUAAAACUGUAAUGGAUAUUUGUAAACUGAUCAGAACUGAAAAACUUCAAGAACUGUUUCCUUACGUAGAUAUAGCAUUAAGGAUGUAUUUAUGCUGUCCAACAUCCAAUUGUUCAGCCGAGAGAUCAUUUUCAGCAUUAAAGAGGGUUAAAUCUUAUUUGAGGUCGAGAAUGACUGAUGAUCGUCUUAAUAGGUUAGCAAUCUUGUCGAUUGAAUCUAUACUUACCAUGAAUAUGAGCUUUAAUGAAAUUAUAAGUACAUUUGCAAAACAAAAUUCACGAAGAAAACUAUAA